ACUGCAUACAUCCAACUGAUCAUUUGACACUUCCCAAUUCUAAACUCUCUCUCUCUCUCUCUGUCUCUCUCACAUGGGGAUCCUAAUGGCAACGUGUUUGCUGGCUCUUUUCUAUGGUUUCUCCUGCCUCUGUAAGUUACUUCUCAGAAAGAGAGACCAGGCAUGCUAUCUGCUGGCCUACGAGUGCCACAUGCCACCAGACGACAUGAAGCUCAGCGCUGAUUCAUGCUUGAAAAUCGUCUCGCGGAACAGGAAUCUGGGACUGGAAGAAUUCAGGUUUCUCUUGAAAACUAUUACCCAUUCGGGCAUUGGCGAGGAAACUUACUGCGCAAGAAACAUCAUCCAAGGCCGAGAAGAAACUGCAACCCUAGAAGAUGAACUUGCGGAGAUGGAUGGCAUCAUCUUUGACGCGCUAGACAAGCUUUUCGCCCUGGCUACCUCUAUUUCUCCGUCGCAAAUCGACAUUCUUGUCAUCAAUGUGUCGAUGUUCUCCCCUGCACCCUCCCUAUCGUCACGUAUAGUGAGUCGUUACAAGAUGAGGGACGACAUCAAGAGCUUCAACCUCUCGGGAAUGGGCUGCAGUGCGACCCUCAUUGCCAUUGACGUUGUACAAAACUUGUUCAAGUCUCACAAGAAUGCGAAUGCCAUCGUUGUAAGCACGGAAUCGUUGGCUCCUCAUUGGUAUUGCGGCGUAGAAAAAUCCAUGAUGCUCACAAACUGUCUCUUCCGCUCGGGAGGGUGCGCGAUGCUGCUCACGAACAACCGAAGCCUAAAGCACCAAGCCAAGCUGAAAUUAAACCAUUUGGUACGAAUGCACACCGGCUCGAAUGACGAAGCAUAUAACUGUUGCAUACAGGUAGAAGAUGAGAGUGGAAAUCGAGGUUUCCGCCUUACCAAAUACCUUGUAAAAGCAGCAACUCAGAGUUUUACAAAGAACCUCCAAGUUCUAGCACCAAAAAUGCUUCCACUAAGAGAAAUACUUAGGUAUCUGGUGGCCUCUAGGCUUAACAAUAUUAGAACUAGUAUUACAAGCCAAAAUCCAAAAGCAGCUGGGGGACUAGGGUUGAAUCUCAAGACAGGAAUAGAGCACUUCUGUGUUCACCCUGGUGGAAGAGCAAUCAUAGAUGGGAUUGGGAAGAGCUUAGGGCUAAGUGAUUAUGACGUUGAGCCGUCAAGAAUGGCGCUUCACCGGUUCGGAAACACAUCGGCGGCCGGAUUUUGGUACGCUUUGGGAUACAUGGAGGCAAAGAAGAGGCUUAAGAAGGGGAACAGGAUUCUGAUGAGUAGAUUUGGAGCUGGUUUUAAGUGCAACAAUAUUGUGUGGGAAGUGAUGAAGGACUUGGAUGAUGUCAAUGUGUGGAAAGACUGCAUAGAUAGUUACCCUAGGGAUCUAAACCAAGUCAAUCCGUUCAUGGAGAAGUAUGGCUGGAUCAAUGAUGAUUAUCUAGGCUUUGUUAGGUUUGACAUGUCCCAAUUCGCUAUUGAGUAAUGCUACACUUACAACAUUUUUCAUAUUACAUUUGUAUCAUUUCUCUAAUCGAAGUAGGACCCACCAACUCAUGUGGAUCUCAUAUCUUUUAGAAAAAUGGUAAAAUAUUUGGUAUGAAAAAUGCGGUAAGAAUAGCAUUUAUGUUAGUUGUUUGAUUUUUCAGCACUUAAUAAGUUUGCGUUUUUCUUUUACCUUGUGGAAAAGUGUGGUUGUUUGAAGUUUGUAUGAAGUUUUUCAAGCCCUAUAGUCUGGAUGUAUCUCAUAAAUAAACCCUGAUCGAUCAGGUGUUCCAGGUUUUUUUUUUUAAUAAAAAUAAGAGUUCAUUAAUUUUCUA